AUGCGGUCCCUGAACAUCACCCCGGAGCAGUUCGCGCAGCUCCUGCGGGACAACAACGUGACGCGGGAGCAGUUCAUCGCCCUCUACGGGCUGCAGCCGCUGGUGUACAUCCCGGAGCUGCCGGGGCGCACCAAGGUGGCCUUCGUCCUCAUCUGCGUGCUCAUCUUCGCGCUGGCGCUCUUCGGUAACUGCCUGGUGCUCUACGUGGUGACCCGCAGCAAAGCCAUGAGGACCGUCACCAACAUCUUCAUCUGUUCCCUGGCUCUCAGCGACCUGCUCAUCGCUUUCUUCUGCGUCCCCUUCACCCUGUUGCAGAACAUCUCCUCCAACUGGCUUGGCGGUGCCUUCGCUUGCAAGAUGGUACCGUUUGUUCAAUCCACUGCUAUUGUAACUGAGAUUCUUACAAUGACCUGCAUUGCUGUGGAAAGACACCAGGGAAUUGUGCAUCCACUAAAAAUGAAAUGGCAGUACACCAAUAAAAGGGCUUUCACGAUGCUUGGCAUAGUCUGGUUGCUGGCAGUUAUUGUUGGGUCACCUAUGUGGCAUGUGCAACGGCUUGAGGUUAAAUAUGACUUUUUGUAUGAAAAAGUACAUGUUUGUUGCUUGGAAGAAUGGGCCAGCCCGAUUUAUCAGAAGAUAUAUACAACCUUUAUUCUUGUUAUACUCUUCCUUCUUCCACUGAUGUUGAUGCUUGUUUUGUACACUAAAAUUGGCUAUGAACUCUGGAUUAAGAAACGAGUGGGAGAUGCUUCAGUUCUUCAAACCAUUCAUGGGAGUGAAAUGUCUAAAAUAUCAAGGAAGAAGAAGCGAGCAAUUGUUAUGAUGGUGACAGUGGUGUUUCUCUUUGCAGUCUGUUGGGCCCCUUUCCAUGUGAUUCACAUGAUGACAGAAUACAGUAAUUUUGAAAAGGAGUAUGAUGAUGUGACAGUCAAAAUGAUCUUUGCAAUUGUCCAGAUUAUAGGAUUCUUCAAUUCUAUUUGCAACCCUAUCGUGUAUGCUUUCAUGAAUGAAAACUUCAAGAAAAAUUUUUUGUCUGCCCUCUGCUUCUGCGUUGUCAAAGAAAAUGCAUCACCAACCAGGCAACUUGGGAACUCGGGGAUUACUAUGAGGCGGCAAAAGGCAACUGUUUCUCAAGGAGAUCCCGUUGACUCAAAUGAAUCCAGGAGGGAGGCGUUCAGCGAUGGCAACAUUGAAGUCAAGUUCUGCGAUCAGCCAGCUUCAAAAAGGAAUUUGAAAAGGCACCUUGCCUUAUUCAGCUCUGAGCUUACUGUGCAUUCUGCGUUAGGAAAUGGACAGUAGCAUCACAAAGGUUUUGAGAAUGGAAGAAGUAUUCUGUUUAUAUGAUAACUUUGAAUAAGCCAUUUAGAAUAGUUUUCUACUUUGCAUGCUGAAAUGAGGGGAAAAGUAUUUUGUGGAUUGUUACAAUGUUGGGAUAAUGGUUGAGAAAAUUUAAUAUAUUUUAUAAGGAUAAGGAGUAAAACUUUAGAAAA